GCUGUCACCACUCUGGAUGCUGAAAAGCAAAGCAUACGACCGGAUGACUUUGAUUAAUUUCUUUCAAUGUAAGCGCAUACAUCGAGCAACACAGUAAGGGAAUGAAACAAUCGGCAUCUUGGGUGUAACCUGCUUGACUCUGGCUGCGUUUCUCCGCCGUGCGCCCACACCCAACCUGCGCCGUCUGCUGUAGCGAGGCAGCGCAGCCCCUGCAGUGUGGGUGCUCGACAUUGUCUUCUUCUCAGUGCGGCUGCGUUGGGACAUCUCUGCGGCCUCUGCAGCUAGGGACUACCGGGCUAUCUGGAUCACUCCCCCCCCUGAGAAAUCUUCUUCCGUUCACCCUGCUGGGGCUUGCGCUCUGCGGUGGCUGGCAUCAUCCAUGUAGGGUGUACUGUCAUUUUCUGUGCAUCAUCUGGCUGGUCGUCCGACUGGCACCAUGAGUAGCGCUGUGUUCCAGCAGCAGGCCGUCCACGAUCCUCUGGAGCAGCAGAAACAGAAACCAAAGCCAGGGGGGGGGCCCAUCCCCUGUCAGAACUGUGGUAAACCGUGCAAAGGGGAGGCACUACGUGUCCAGAACAAACACUUCCACAUCAAGUGCUUUGCCUGUAAAGUAUGUGGUUGUGAACUGGCCCACGGGGGAUUCUUCGUGCGUCAGGGAGAAUACAUCUGCACUGGGGACUACCAGCGAUUGUAUGGGACUCGCUGCUUCAGCUGCCAGGACUUCAUUGAAGGGGAGGUGGUAUCCGCCCUGGGAAAGACCUAUCACCCCGGCUGCUUCGUCUGCGCCCUCUGCAAACAGCCGUUCCCAGCCGGCGACCGGGUGACAUUUAAUGGAAAAGAGUGUAUCUGCCAAAAGUGUACCCAGCCUCUCGCUGCCAGCAGCCCUGCACCCAUACAGGCAGUCCACAACUGCUGCGGCUGUGGGAAGGAGUUCAAGAAUGAACAAUCUCUUGUAGCUCUGGAAAAGCACUGGCACCUGGGCUGCUUCAAGUGCAAAGUCUGCAACAAGGUGCUCAAUGCAGAGUACAUUAGCAAGGAUGGAAUCCCCUUCUGUGAGAUGGACUACCACGCCAUGUUUGGGAUCGUGUGUGAGAGCUGCAAGAAGUAUAUCACUGGAAAAGUCCUGGAGGCUGGAGAGAAGCACUACCAUCCCACAUGUGCCCGCUGUGCCCGCUGUGAGCAGAUGUUUGCAGAGGGAGAAGAAAUGUACCUACAAGGAACUUCUAUCUGGCAUCCACCAUGCAGACAAGCAGCCAAGCAGGAGGAGAAGAGUAAGGUAACCAGGACUUCUUCUGAGAGCAUAACUUCAGUCCCAGCAUCCAGCGCCUCAGGCUCUCCCAGCAGAGUUAUCUACGCCAAACUGGGAGAGGAGAUGCUGGACUACAAGGACCUGGCAGCUUUACCAAAGACCAAGGCCAUCUAUAACAUAGACAGGCCAGACAUGCUGUCCUACUCUCCAUAUGUCAGCUACCCGUCUGAGGAGAGGCACUACGGAGAGUCCCCCCAGCUGCUUUCUCCUACCCUUACCGAGGGCAACGGGGAGAAGUCCCCCCGUCAGCGGAGGCCCUCCAGCCCCAGCUCUAACGGCUCCGUGGGAGGCUAUGGACGUUACACCCCCUGCCGUUCCCCACAGAAUUAUAGCCGGCCAGGGUCAGAGUUGUACCUUGGUGGUAGACACAGCAGCCAGGCCCAUGAUUCCAGUUCUCUUCCUUUGCCUCCAACCCAGAUGGGUGGAAAUAAGUGUCCGUCCACCAGGGCCAGGGAAUCAACUUCCCUUCCUGGUUGCUAUGCUUCUGGGGCGGAAGGGAAUGGUGUGGGUGGUGGUGGUGGUGGUGGUGAAGGUAUUGGCAAGUACUCGCCCACACCAGUAGCUGGCGGUGCAGGCUUGUCUUUUCACUUAAACCCCACCACGCUGGCCAUGCUGCAGCAGCACAACUACAUCCCUUAUUUCAGAGGGUUCAAACAGGACCCCCUACCUGACCCUAAACCUAGGACAUCCCUGCAUCUGAGUUUACCUUCUGCUGACGGUAGUGAAAGUGGUCGGAGUACCCCGAGCUUAUCCACCUAUUCUGAUGGCAAAUCCCCUUCCUCUACAUAUGUGGCUGCUCCCCGGCAUUUCCACGUACCAGAGACUCUGGUCAAAGAUAAUAUCUAUAGAAAACCCCCCAUCUACAAACAGCAUGCUUCUAGAACAUCCUGGCAGGAUGGGGAGGAUACCAAGAGGACCAAUUGGAUGAUCUUGAAAAGUGAGAUUGAUGGACAGAUGUGUCCAGAAGACGUGGACCCCAACAAAUCCACCAGCAGUCUUCCCACUGACUCCUCCCAGCCUAAUUUCCCCUACAACAAGUCUGCAUCCUUACCUGGCUAUGGAAGGAAUGGCAUCUAUAAGGCUGCUGAGAUGGGUGAUGAUGAAGUGGACCCAGACUCACAGAGCUGGGGAGGCAUGAGAGAAUACAAGGUAAGAUUCUCCUCAAUUGUCACUAUUUUCAGCAGCUUUGUUUGGACCAUACAAUUACACUCUUUAAUAAUUUUACCACAAUGCUUACUCUAUGUGUGCCAGAUCUACCCUUAUGAAAUGCUGGCAGUGACGCAUAGAGUGAAGGUGAAGCUUCCCAGAGAAGCAGAUCGCACCAGACUCGAGAGACACCUAUCUCCUGCGGACUUUCAGCAGGUUUUCGGCAUGACCUUGGAUCAGUUUGACCGCCUGGCACUCUGGAAAAAGAACGACAUGAAGAAAAAGGCCCGGCUUUUUUAGACAGGGGCAAACGAGUCUCUUAACAAGCAACAGGUUCUCUGAAUGAGGAGGAAGCAUAAAAGAAAACCACCCCAACCCGAAUAUCUAUAUAUGCAGCACCAUGAUAGCCCUACCCUCCACUUGUACAACGCAAUGUCCUCUGCCUGUGAUGCCACGGAGGGGCGCUCUGUUGCCGGAGCAUUUUCACGACAUUGAGGCCGCUUCUUGAGCUUUUUGUAUGCAAUCUGGACUGAAUGUCUAACAACCUUUCAGAAGAGGAUGAGGAGCUGCAUUUGCAUGGCUGGUGUUGAUGCUCCUCGCAUCCCACAAGGUUCCUGCAACCUCCCUGCCCAUCUUGGCACUUCCAUAAGCCCAGGCAAAAUAAUGACUAAUUACAAUCAAAGUAUUGUGCAGGGCGUCCUCCUGGUUCUAACUGUUUGAUGUGCACCAUCCUCUGCUCGCUGAAUUUAAUCUUACUUUACCAAUUACUUUACCUGCUUAAGUAUUUUUUCUUUUAUUUAUUUGUCAUCUGUUUGCAGCUGUACUUUAUCUUUCUCGCCUGCUCUACAUCAUUAUAAUUGUUUUAUUUAAAAAAAAGUUUAUUUUGACAUCUUCGCCAUUACUGGCAGUAGAGAAACUACAGACUGUACUCUGUACUGAUAUAGCACGCCAAGGGCAAAGACAGAGAUGAGGAACAAUUUCUCAAUCCGAGAUGUUGGGAAAGACUGGGAACCUCAUUUUGACAUGCGGCCCCGUAUCUUAUACAAGCAUCUCAUAAAUCAGCAGAGGUAGGAGAGCCAGGGCUACACAGCGGCCUCAACCGGGAAGUGAAUAACAGAUAGGAGGAGGGUUUAAGGGGGGCCCUUCAGAAAACAUACUGUACAGGGUCAGGGUUUUGGGGAGUGAAAAUGUGUUAAACGUGUAGGAUUGUCUGAGUCACAUGCCCUCACAUCGAAGAAACAAACAAAUUAUUUUUAUAAGGUUUAUUAUUCUGGAAAGGAUCUUGAAUAAAAUCACGAGACACAGCUGAGAGACGUCAGAAUUCUGCUACCAGAGAAAAGACCCAUUGCUCAGUGUGCAAAGCUCCACAGACCUGCAGCCUAACAUGUAGGGGUCUUGCUUGAUCCAAAACUCAUUAUUCUCGCUGUGUAAUACCUUCUUGGAUUGAACUUCUCAUAUGUUGUUUGAAAGCAUUGUUGCAUAUUGUAAAAUCUUCAUAUAACUUUGCUUAGUGAUUUCUGGACCAUUCGACAAUCGACUUUUCAACUAACAUACUGUGAGGUGAUCGUGAACGCAUACUGGACAUAUAUGGGAUAUAUUUGUCUGUCAUGGUGUAUAACUAUUCGAGCAUGCUUGAGGAUUGGGGUGUGUUCACUGACCUCCAGUUUGAAAUGUAUGAAAGCAUUAUCAUCACUGUAGUUUGAGUGAUUGUUUAUUUUCUGGUUGAAAAUUUGCAUCAAAUAAAAUGCCUGGUUCAACUGCUUA